AGACAUCAAAUUUGGGCCAGAAAGCAGAUGCCGAAGAACAAGAAAAACAAUAAAAAACGUGCACCAGCCAGUGCUCCAAAGCCGGCUCCUCCAAGCGCACCACCUCGCCUACUUCAACUGGCUUCUUCCAAUGGAGAGGUGCUGCAGGCAGAUAUCCGUGCUCUCCAGCUCUCCAGCACUAUUUCUACAACUAUCAAAGAGCUAGGAUAUGAUAAAGAAGACUGUGCGGAGAUUAAGCCGAUACCUGUUGAUGAACAUGAAUACACAUUGGAUCUACUGAUUAAAUGGUGUGAUCAACACAAGGGAGACGAUCCAGAGAUUGCAAAAGCCGAAAAAGGCAAAAAGAAAGUCGUCAUUCCGUCCUGGGAUCAACAUUUUUUCAGUGUACUGCCGAUGGGAAACUUGCUAGCUGUUAUUAAAGCUGCCUAUGAUUUGGAUAUUACCGGACUCGUGAAUUAUGGAACCCAAACAGUCGCCAGUCGUAUCAAUGGGAAAAGCGCCGAGGAAAUGCGAGAAAUUUUCCAACUUCCUGAGCCGUGCCAGCAGCCGUCUACAUCCACUGAUACUUGGGCAGAUUGAUCGAUUUUCCAUUUCAAAUUUAUUCAAUUUCACAUAAAGCCGGUCUUAUUGCAAAAGAUUUUUUUCUAUUUAGUGCUGUAUAUCGUUAAAAUUUCAUUGCGUCAAUAAAAGUUCUAUUUU